CGGAAGUGAGAGACGGUUUGAAAGAGUAGGGUUUGCAGCUUCUAACUUGUAUAGUGAGCAUAUUUAAUCGACAGUAUGAGUCAGGAAUAUAUGAUAAAGCUACAAACUGCAACGAGAGAAAAGCUGAGAAGAUUUAACUCCCUGCGCGCUCGAGAGGUGCAGCCCGGUGAGUUUUGGGACGUGGUGGUUGUGACCGCGGUGGAUGUGAGUCAGAAAGAAGCGUAUGAGCUGCAGAUCAGAGGCAAAGUUGACCGGAAGGAGCUUCCCCUUGGAGUUCACUACAAGGUCUUCUCAGAUCCGCCCGGAUCUAAAAUAGGGAACGGUGGCUCCACUCUGCACGCGCUGCAGCAGCUGAGUGACAUCUAUGAGAAGACUCUGAGCAGGCUGAGAGUCAUCCUCAUCCAUGCAGGAGGCUUGAGUCAGCGUCUGCCCAGCGCCAGCGCCCUGGGGAAGAUCUUCACCGCCGUGCCGCUGGGCGACCCUCUCUACCAGAUGCUGGAGCUCAAACUGGCCUUGUACGUGGAUUUCCCAUCACAGAUGAAGCCUGGCGUACUGGUGACCUGUGCAGACGACAUAGAGCUCUACAGUACUGCAGAGCAUGAGAGUGUUACGUUUGACAAACCUGGCUUCACAGCUUUAGCCCACCCCUCCCCGCUGUCUAUUGGAACGACCCACGGAGUGUUUGUGUUGGAUUCAAAAGAAAAGUCUCCCUUUUCUGAAAUGGAGAACACUUCCUGCCUACGCUUCCUGCACAAGCCGAGCAUCAGUGAGAUGUGGGGCAGAGGAGCUGUGUGUAAAAGGCAGAGUGGUUGUUUUUCUCUUUCUGACACUGAGUUCGUCUACACGGACAGCACCUAUUAUAUCGACUUUGAUACUGCAAAGUCUCUUCUUAAACUGCUGAAGGAGUUGGGGCCUUUGGACUGCGAGGUAGACGCAUACGGGGACUUCCUUCAGGCACUGGGCCCUAAAGCUACGAUCGAUUACACCAGCAACACUGCGAAUGUUACCAAAGAGGAGAGCAAUCUGGUGGAAAUCCGCCAAAAGAUCUUCCAUCACCUAAAAGGGACUCUUUUGAAUGUUAUUCUCCUGAACAACUCUAAGUUUUAUCACAUUGGCACCACGUCAGAGUACCUCUUUCACCUCACUGAGGACGUGACGCUGAGGAGUGAGCUUGGCCUCCUGUCAUCUGCCUUCAGCAUCCACAUGAAUGAAAACUCCUUAGGAUGCUGUGUCAUGUACAGUGUCCUCAAUCCUAGUUGCUCUGUGGGAGCUGGAUCAGUGGUGGAGUACUCUAGACUGGGAGCAGGAGCUUCUGUAGGUUGUGGCUCCAUCGUCAGCAGCUGCUGGGUCAGUGCAGGCCUCUCGGUGCCUGAUGGAGUCUUCAUGCAUUCACUGUGUGUGAAUCACAAACACCAAACCAGGUUUGUAACGGUUGUUUUUGGGAUCAAUGACAACUUAAAGCGCAGCGUUGAAUCCCCUGCAUACAUGGAAGAGCUGAUGCUUUUUGGUUUGAGCCUGGCUGUGUGUCUGUCCCACUGGGGGCUGAAAAAUGAAGUCCUGAGGUUCUCCGGUGAUGCGUCCAGCUGUAGUUUGUGGAACGCUUGUUUGUUUCCUGUUUGCUCAGAUCUACAAAGCUCAUUCUCCAUGUCUCUGGAGAUGCUGCAGGCUGCACUGAGUGGCUCUACAUUCACUUUACCCAAAGACACAAAGCUGAUGUCUAUGCAAGAGGCCCUACAGUGUAAGAACCUGGAGGAGAUGUUGAAGUUCAGGAAGGGACUAUAUGAAGACAUCACACAGAAGAGACCCAACAACUGAGAUUAUGUGUCACCUUAAGUACGAGAUAACAUUGAUUUUGCCUUGAAUAAUUGAUGUGUGAUCAUUCAAAGAUCAAAUAAUGUCAGGACCAGGGGCGGAUUGUCAGACAAUGGGUGCCUUGGCACAGAUAUGCAAAAGCCCCUGCCUUCAUAGGGGCAAGAUGCAAAGACCUCAUUUUGUGUAAUUGUUUCGCAUGUCUUUGUAGUUGUAAAGUAUCUUUGUGGCUUUGUCUCUUUAUUGUCAUUUUGUUUUUUUGCCCCUUUUGUAGUUACUGUAAAACUUUUACUAGCCUGGUGCUACACAUUUUGACAA